UUUGGCCUUGACCUUAAUGUAAGAUGGACGACGAAAUGGCCACACAAACUACAACACCCCAAAUAUGUAAACAGUAGAAUAUUUCAUGGUUUGUGGGGAGAUGUAAAGUCUUGGUAUCAUGUCAUGGUUUAAACGUGGUAGGAAUGACUCAAAAGCCUCCGGACAGUCUAGUGAGGAUUUAGCAGAGACCCGCUGUCGUGCAGACACAGAUCCUCAAACAUGCCUUGAAGUCUUUCAAAAUCACUGGAAGCAAGCCCUUUCUAUUAUCAAGAGAGGAAAUGGUUCUACUAGCAAUCAGACUUGCACAGCAGACGAGCAAGAGGCUGUCUUACAAAAUGUUGAACAGAUGAUAAAUUUGCUCGUUGGCGAGGUAGGAUUAGAUGAAAAUGGACAAGGCAUGCCUGGUCCAAUACUACAUUACCUUUUAGAGGAAGAUGUCUUUGACCAAUUUUGUAAUUGGUGUCACUACAACUCCACAAAUGGUGACCAGCUAAAAUGUGAACAAUUACGGAUUUUUGAGCAGCUUAUUAGUCAAUCUCAGCAGCUACUAUUAAUUCACAAAGCCAUCAUUCAACCACUUCUUAGACUACUUUACUUGUGUGCUGAGGGAAGUAAGACAAGUGACAUUGAAGGUCGCCUGGUUUUAGUGCUUCAUCAGCUCUGCGUUUGCAUUUCACAAGAGACAGUCAUACUAGAGAGUUUCUUCAAUGCGAGUACAAAUCAUGGGCCUACAAAAUUCUUGAUUUUUUCACUUUUGAUUCCAUACAUACAUAGAGAAGGUAAAGUUGGACAGCAGGCCAGAGAUGCCCUCUUGUUGAUAAUGACCAUUUCUGCAAGGAAUCCCCAUAUUGGUCUAUAUAUUGCAGAGAACUCUGAUUUUUGUCCGGUUCUUGCAACAGGAUUAAGUGGUUUGUAUUCUUCCCUUCCAAGAAAAAUCCCUGUCUAUACAGAUGAAUGGCAUCGGUUUUCACAAGAGGACAUCAGUCUGGUUCCUGAACUACAAAUGUUUCUCAACUCAUUGGAAUUUUGUAAUGCAGUGACACAGGUCAGUCAUCCAGCUAUCCGAACUCAGCUGAUCAAAUUUAUCUAUGAUGGCUUUUUGGUGCCGGUGUUAGGACCAGCAUUGCAUCAGAUGAAUGAUGAGUCAGAAGACAUUUCGGGGCUACCCCUGCCACUGCUCGAUUCACCCAUGUUUUCGAAUUCUAGAGAGGAGGUGAUAGCAGCGACUGCCUACCUUGAGCUGUUCCUUAGAAAAACGACUGAACCUAACCUUCUACGCACCUUUUUGAAGUUUAUCUUAAUGGAACAGAAUGAUGAAAUCAUCAUACUGGAUUCUCUCAUUACGCGCAUAAAUAGCAGCUCUAAGCCACUCUGUGUUGUAUCGCUGUCACUGUUUAAAACGCUGGUGGACCUAAAUUGUGAAGAUGUCAUGUUUCAGCUUGUCUUCAGGUAUCUUAUUCCAUGUACGCAUGUCAUGAUCAGUCAACGACGCAAUGUCAAUGACCUUGACCUUCACUGUAAAAGUGCAGAACGUUUCCUUUCCCUUCGUCCUAAUUGCUGCAGAGCUGAAUUUAAUGAAAAGAAAGGUGUUCCAGUACAAGAAAAAUGUAACCAUAGUGAAGCUAACACAUCACAAUACCACCGCCCUAAACAUGGCCUGAGUAGUUUUCUCAGAGCAAGAAAAAAGGAGAGAGACUAUCAGAAACGGAGGUCAGCAACAGUGGCCACAGAGCAACAAAGCACGGCAUUCCCACCAGGGACAUUUGGAAGCAAGUUGGAGCACUAUGAGACGAAUUACUAUGAUUACUUGGAGGAAGCAAGAAACCAGUUGGAAAAUUGUGCCAAAGCUUCUCAGUGUUGGGCUUAUCCGUAUGAUGGUCAAACACCAUCAAUGGAUGCCUUGGUAGAUAAUGUUAAUGAAUCAAACUCAACACAGAUGACAUCAUUAACAGAUACAGGGUUGUGUUAUGGUGGUGCUAAUUCUAGGUUGGUAGACGAUUUGAGUGGCUCAGAUGGCGGUCCACUGCCAAGAUCAUCAGAAGUGGAUGAGGUGUUUAUCUCCGAUAAUUCUUGUCAGUCAUCUGUUCCAGAUUUAUCAUACAUUCUUAGGAACUUUGACUCAGACAGUGAUAUAUCUUCUGCCGGAGGUCUGGAAGAUUUUAUUCAUUAUUUAGACGAGGUGCCAACUCCACCAGAACUGGAAAAAACGUUUGAAGAAAGUUUAAGUUCUUUAGAUUCAGUUCUUAGUAGUUUAUGUUCCAGAACAGCCAGUGGCAGUGUGAAUUUGACGGACACUAGUGAUAGCGUAACUUCAUCAUUUACUGAAGGUAAUCAAGGGAAGUCCAGUAAAGCCAAAGUUGAUGGGACAACAUUUGAAGUGAUAAACAGUACAAUAGAGGGGGAAGAACUCAAGCCUUGUGGGAAUAGUCCUUCUCAGGAUACCACCAGCUAUGUAGAGAUAUCAAUGUCAAACUUUGCUAGUGAUGUGAAUGUUCAGACUGCACUUUCAUCUUUGCCAAAGAGAGAGUCUGUGAACUCAGUUGAUGUGGUUGUCAAUCGUAAAACCUCCCAGGAUGAAUCAGUGGUGAAGUCUGUUAGUUUUAACUUGAUGGAUUCCUCUAUGCAAAAUAACACCACAGUGCCUGUUGUGACUAAUGUGGGAAAAUUAGCACCAAACAUAGGCCCUUUUUUGAUGGCUCUCUUUUCCAAGUUGGAUGGAAUGAUGCAGAACAGCCUACCUGUUAAUCUCCUGCUGACAGGCGUUAUAUCUCGCCUGGCCUCUUAUCCCCAGCCUCUUCUUAGGUCUUUCUUACUUAGUCAUAAUCUUGUAUUCCAACCCACAGUCAAAUCCCUUGUACAGGUGCUGACGUCUUUAAAGCAGAAAGUAGACCAUUUUGCUUACACUGUGCCGAACUUUGAUGGACUGCUUCUGAGAGCUAAGCGGACCCUGAUAGCCCGAGAGGAGGAGUGGAGGCUUGGAUGUGUGACAAUAAGUCCCUACAGAGUGAAUACAGUCAGUCCCGUCAAAACCAAACCUGUGCCAGAAAACAGUAACAAAGACAAAAAGAAGUCUAGUUUAACAGAUUUGUUGUUCAGACGAUCUCCAGAUAAAAGGGCGGCUUUGGCUAAAAGCAAGAAAGGACCCCAGUUACAGAUCCUUCAAAGCGCUAAAGGAUUCAGGUACAUAAAUUACCAGAACAGGCCUCAUGAAAUAUCAGAGAAUCCCAUGGACUCCCCCAAAAUUAGAAAUGCGGUGUUUUGUGCUGUGAUAUUAGAGGAAUUUGUGAAAGAACUUGCUGCCUACAGCCAGGAGCAAGCUGUUUUAGCCCACAUGGAAAUCUGAACCGAGCCCUGAGUGAUAUUAUUUGAGUAAAUUAUUAUAAGUCCAAGAAGUUUUCUUUCCCCUGGAGCACAUAUCAAAGGAAUCCAAUUCAAUGUGGAUUUUUUUUUAUGUUUAGAGCCAGUUAUUUCAGUUCUCUAUUCGAAUUUGUAUUUCACAAUCAUUUUCCUCAUUUGAAUUAAAGGAGUGAAUAAAGUAUACAUGUGUAUCUGUAUAAUCCUUGCUACAUCAGCAAUUAUUUUGAAUCAUUAUUUUAUAUGCAUGAUAUUAAAAAGAAUGUAUGAGCCUUCUCUUGAUGUUCAGUUAUGUGAAAUGGAAUAUCCAGUCAGAGAGUACUUAAAUUUGGAAUAUACAAGUAGCUUUGAAUAGAAUAUAGAGCCAAAGUUUCAUCAAGUACAUCUAGGAUAUAAUAAAUCUAUAUUCUUUUAUGGUAAAUGGUCAUAAAGUUUUAUGGUAAAUGGUCAUUAAAUUUUAUUCAUGCUAUGGUGUGUUUUUAACAUUAAAUGUUGUAGGUCCUGUCAGUAUUUUAUGAAAUUUUACUUGCAAGAUGUAAUCUUGUGCUGAUAGUUUUAUAUGAAUGUUUCAUGUAUAUGUACACAAAGUAUUUUUAUAUAAGUGAUAUAUCUACAUAAAAAUGUAAAAUACUAUGCAUAUUUCUACCAGACAUAGAUAUAUUCCUGUAUAUGGCUUGCUAUUCCUUGUUUAAAAAAAUAAGAUACUGCCUUUCUUACCACAGUUCUGCAUGAGAAUUGAUUUAGGUUUUGCCGUUUAGGUCAUGAAUAGUAAGAUUUUUUUUUAAUACUCACUUUGCUUUUAAAUGCUUAAUGUACUAGUAUUACACGUAACUAUGCCCAAAUCUACUUGAAGAGUACAUGUAUUGCUAUAAUGGUGCAUAAACAAAGUAACAUGCAUCAUUAGUACAUUGUCAUACAGAUUUCAUGAAAAGCAAUAUCCAACAUUGAUGCACUGUUAUUACAUAAAUUUAGUUUGGAUGUCUAUUUUAUACUACAUGUACAGCACAUUGUAGAUUAAAUUAUUUUGAUGGAAACAGACUAUUAUUAAUACUCCACAAUAGAUAUAUAAAACUUGGGAACUCAAAGUAGAAUUUUUGAAUUGAGAGAAACUAAAUGGACUAUUCUGUUUAAGAAUUCUGAGGAUUAUAUUUGAAAACAAGGUGUUGAAUUUAUGUAUGUAUAUUUUUUGUGAUAUUGCUUUCAGGUCAUACUUUGUUAAAUCAGGAUAGUAUCUAGUCAAUGUUUUCUAUUUAACUGUUGAGGAAUUAUAUUUGACUGGUAUGUUGUUGCUGUGUUUUCUGCAGAACUGCUGUUAAAGCUAACCUGCGCAGUACAAGCAGAAACUUCAAGACCACUUGAUGCUAUCUAUAUUUGAUAUAUGCUAUAUUUUCGAGCACAUAUGUAGUAAAAGAAAUCAUGGUUAAUUAAAUCUUUGAAUUUUGGCAGAAUAAACAUCCAAAUGUUGUUGGUGCACAUUAUUUUUAGAUUAUCGGAGCAUAAGGCUUGUAAGCUUCUAUCAGUUGUCCAUAAGUUGCAUGCAAGAAUAUAGGAGAUUCAAACCGUGACAGCCAUGUCAUGGUUAGGUGUUUAAUGCCAUUACAUUGAAAUAGAUAAGAAAAUUACAAUUACAAUAUGCAAAUACUCUCGUGUAAUGUACUGUACAUUCUUCCAGUUUGUUUACACCAUGACCCUCCCAUUAAUAUUCCACAACAGAGAUGGAAUAUAUAGGAUUUUUUUUUUUAAUUCAAGAACCAAAAGGACAAAGUUAAUCAGAUUCUAGUUUAAUUGUUCGCACAAUGACCCCUGGACUAAUGUGACAUUUGAAACUACCGAGAUGUCUCACACACUCGGUAUUCAUUGAAUGUCGAGUGUGUAAGAUAUCCAAAGAGUUCCGAUUCACUAGAUUGUGUGGUCACAAUAAGGUUGUAUAUUAAAAUACACUUUUUCAAAAAUUCUUUAGAUAUCUUCUCAGUGGUAUAAUUUGUCAUUAAUAUGCAAGUGUUUCCAUGUAGGGUAGAUUCAAACUAUUUACAGCAUGACCGCUGGAGUCUGGGCCACAAUAGGGUUUAAAAGUUUUGCAGAGGAGAAAAUGCAACUGCUCAGGUGAGCAUUGUGGUCCAUGGGCCUCUUCGUCUAAUAUUUUUGCUGUAAAAAAAAAAAUAAUGAAAUAGUAACUGGGGUAAUUAAGAUUUUAGGAAGGUAGAUUUUAAGGAAAUUUGACUCCCUGCUAUAUGAAAUUUAUGGAUUUUUGUAUCAGAAAAUUAAAAAAAAAAAAAAAAGCAUAAAGAUCCAGUGGAACAUAAGGGGCUACAUUGUUAGAGGGGGGGGGGGGGUACAUAUGAGAAUGUUUUCUUUACAUUAUACACUGUACUAGCAAUAAAUUGCUGCAAAAAGUAUUUCAUUUAAGCCAUGUACAUUGUACUUUUGAUAUAAAGAAAAUACAUGUAAUAAUGGUAGAGUUACAUAUGCUGCAUAUAACAAUAUGAGAUGUUUUUAUCUUUCAUUUUGUUUUCAUGGAAGAAAGAUGUUGCUGUUAUUUUCUUUGUAAUGUCCAAAGUGUUAUCAAGCUGGGUAAAUUAAACAAUUUGUUAACCCAAUCUUCAUAUGAAUUAAAACUAUGAAAAAGAA